AUGACUCGUGGAUUGCCAAAUAUUGAGACUCACAUUGAUUUGAUCAAGAAAUGGCCACUCCGAGACAAGCUUGAACCUAUCCUUCGCAAAGCAGACAAUGGACGAUUCAUCCAUACCCAACUCAGCUCAUGCCAGCCCCUGAAAACCUGGCGAUCUCCUCUUGGACGGAUGAUGGUCAUUGGAGACGCUGCGCAUCCCACUCCUCCAGCGUCCGCUCAGUCUGGAAGCCAGGCAAUUGAGGAUGGGCAGUUGUGGCCAUUGCCUUGGGGAUAG